UUUGAUCAGAUCAGCCCACAAAGACAUAUAUUCAGUAAGGAACUGUACAUAUCUUUAGUUACCUGAAGACACGAAGAUGGAUGGACAUGUAUACAUAAUAUUUGUUUUCAGCUUCUGCGGUUACAAGCGUCAAAUUUUCACACAGAGAAUGAGAUCCGAUACAGAUUGUUGGUUGUUGAACACAACCGAUUACUAAUUCCACCUGUGUAUCUCAUUUUAUAGACCAGAAACAUGCAUUUUAUUCUCUUUACCGGAGUCUUAGUCCUAUCUUGUGUAGGAUUAAUCUGUUGUGGCACUUGCUUCAACGCGUCUUCGGUUCUGGAGGUAGAUGCACACAUGGAACAUUACGUAUUUAGGAAAGUGAGGUCACCGUCCGUCUAUUCCUGUGCCUCAGAAUGUCUGAUGUCAUCAGUCUGCAUGUCCUUCAACUUUGAGACUUGGACUCGCACCUGCGGACUCAACAGCAACAGCAGCAACGACGUGGCCAUCACAAGCCACCCAGGAUGUUUCUUUAGUGACAUCAGAUACUGGCCAAAGUUACUUGCUGGCGCCUGUUCGGAGACUCCUUGUCCAAUGUCCAGAUGUCAUGUAGAUCGACUGAGUCGUGUAUCAUGUGAAACAGAGUUUCAGGGCUGUGGUGCUCCACCUACUGUUGCCAAUGCUGAGGUGCAUUAUGAUGGUGUGUACGAAGGAGCGGUUUCAGUAUACACUUGCAGGGACAACUUCAUGUUGUGCACCACAAGUAACAGCAGAAUAUGCCAGUCAACAGGACAUUGGAAUGGUUCUAUUGGCUCUUGUGCUCAGUACAUCUGGGACACCCCGUUUCAACAGGGGAUUGUCGUCCAGUUGGUCUUACCUUGUGGGAAUUCCAGGAACUUCACUGUGGUUGUAAACGUCACGCCUACGGCCGGUACAAGAGUACAAAUGGACUUUCGCAGAGGAGAGAAUAUAUUGUGUCAUAUCGGCUUCCGACUGGAUGAAAAUAAGCUGGCAUUCAACUCAUUCACCUCUGGUGUUUGGGGAACACAGACUGAUCUAAGCCCAGUCCCGUUAGCAGUGGGUACCGAGUCUCUGGUGGAGAUACGACUUGACCAAGGAAUGUACAUGCUUGCUGUAAAUGGUUCAAGUAUCCACAACUUCACAGACAUGUACCCAGAUGAGAUCAUAGAAGAAGUCUACGUCAGCGGGCAAGCCAUCGUCUCCGCUGCCCACAUCACAGUGUGACCUCAACACAGACUGACUCUCGGUAACAAUCCCUGCGAAACGACAACAUGCAACAGAUUGGCUAUCAAUACAUUACCUUUGAUAAAUAUUUUCUAUUGGAAGAGCAAUGAUUUUUCCUUUCGCAGACAACUGGAGCAACGCAUGCCAUUCUAUCGCAUACCAACGCCAAUACCGGCGUCAUGCUUAAUGUCAGUUUUGGCUCACCCAACAUUAAAUGGGUACCCGGUAGGAAGAUAUACUUUUAACCCUCCAUUGUCCAUACGGCAGCAUGGGAUGUAUACCCUCAAGGGAAAUAACAAUGGAUAUCGCGUACAUGCUAAUCCUAGCGCUUUGAGAAUGGUUAGGGUGGAUUUGGCGCACAACAUAAUCACAGUAUUGUUAAUUUCCAGACGCAUCGUUUCAGAUCAUAAUAUCAAACCCGGUGAAUUAAAAGUUAGUUCUGUUUAAGAAAUACACUUCGCUCUAACACUAUGUCUUGGGUAAUAGAGCACGCUUUCGCCCUGAACUGUAAUAGUUAAAGUACGCAGGCGUCCGAGUGCUUUAACGUUACAAUAAUUCAGAGCGAAAGUUUCACCCCUACGUUAAGCCGUGAGAACAAAAUAUAAACGGUUUGAAGACGGUUUACGUUCGGUUUAAAUAUCUUCUUUUUAUCAUCUUAGUUACAUCUGUGACUAACGUAAAUCGUAUGUGGCAAUAUGAACGUCGCACUUCUACUACCAACGUAAGUUUAGAUCAGUACAUCCAGAUGAAGCUGACAAGUCAUGCGACAUUCCAAGGUUGCAUUGUGGGAAUGUAAACAUUGCGAACGUUGGUGUCGCUGUGUAUAGAGAGUCGAUCUGAGACUGUGAUGAUAGCCGGGUGAAGCAACUGCAAACCCCAAAACGGUUUGAGUUUACUGUAGGAAUCUGUACGAGGCGAAGAUUACUGACAUGUACCGUGA